AUGUUGCGGUACAGGAAACCGUUGAAGCCAGCUUUGAGUCUGGUAAGGUCCUUCAAGACCUCAGUCUGGCACAGGAACGACUCCUCGGCAGCGCCAUUCAACGCCGCCGCAGUCGAGCGGGCGGAGGAUGAGGUCGAUGUCUGCAUUGUCGGUGGUGGACCUGCUGGUAUCAGUGCUGCGAUUCGCCUGAAGCAGAUCGAACGUGAAAAAGGGAACGAAAUCCGUGUUGUUGUGCUCGAGAAGGGCACUGAAAUAGGUUCCCAUAUUGUCUCUGGUGCUGUGAUUGAACCUCGCGCACUGGAUGAAUUGCUGCCAGACUGGACAUCCAUGUCUGACCACCCUCUUACACAACCCUAA